UUUUUUUUUUGUUUCUCUUCUCUCCUUUUUUUUAAUUCUACAAUGACGACUUUACCUUUCAACAUGUCAACACAUAAUACAACAGCAACAGUACCACUUAGUCGCGAUGAAAGAACUGAUGACUUGUCUUCUUUUUAUACUUCUUAUACUGAACAACCAACAACUUCAACUUUAAAUGAAUUACAAACUUAUGAAUUGAACAAUCAAACCUGGCAAAAUAUGUUGGAUACUUGGAUUCCUUCUUCUAUUAAUGAACAAAAACAAGUAUUGAAUCUAUCAAGUAUAUCAUUACCUCCUACUCCUCCAAACCAAUCUCCAAAUUCAUCUUUUGACUUGAGUUUUUUGACUUCUUUAUUACCAUCUCGUGAUUUGACUCCUCCUCGUUCUACUAUGCCUUAUUCUUCUUCUUCUAUACUUACUUCACCUUCUCCUCCACUUACAAAUACACCAACACCAUCAUUAUCAUCUUUAUCAUCAUCAUCAUCGUCAUCCAUAUCGAAUCAUGGUGCAAGCAAAUAUCGUCGACGCGCAUCUGAUCAUCCUCCUUCUCGUACCAAUCGACCUUAUCGACGCCGUGCCUCUUCUCAUCCUUCUGUUGCAUCCGUUGUUUCUUUAACUGCUCAUGAACCUGUAUCAGUUACUAUCAAUGGUAUUGAACAUAUUACUUUUUUAUAUUCUCAUGAUCGAUUGGUGAAAGAAUAUACUAUACGUACUGAUGUAAAAACUGUGGAUGAAAGUACUCUUCCCAUCGUGUUUAAAGCUCAGAAUACGAUUUAUCCAAGAGCUAACGUUGAAAGAAGUAAAUAUGAAGGGAAUCGAUGGGAUUAUGAAACCAAUUGUAACUCUUUGGGUUGGAAACUAUGUUGGUUGAAUCAAGAUCAACUUUGUGGUCGUCGUGGUCUUAUUCAGCGUGCUGUGGAUUCUUAUCGAAAUCGUCAUACUGAAAUGCGUUCAAGGAGGGUCACUCGUCAAGAAAAGGUUGCCAAUGGAACUCUUCGCAAGCGAAAAUCAAAGAAAUCUAUCGAUAUGAUGUAAUCAUUGGGUACUAUCUUCCUUUUUUUCUUAUUUCUUUAUCUUAUUUACUUCUCUGUAUCUAUCUAUCUAUUCUUAUUAUUAUUAUUACCAUGAUCAUCUAGUUUUGUCAUCAUUAUCCAUUUUUUUUUUU